UAUAAGAGCACGGGGUGACCAAUAAGGUCUAAAUUGGUCUGUAAAAAGGUAGGCACUGAUAAGGGGUUGACACUGGUAUGCUACUUGAUAGUGAUAAUGUUGUACUACUUGAUUGACAGCCUCUACGGCCCUCCACUCGGAUACAUGCACUGGGGUGUGAACCGCUCUGGUGACAUCGGUCAGAGUUGCUCACCAGGUUCAACAAAAUGUAUUUGAAACAGUGAGUUCUGGAUCCCGCUGAUUGAAUUCACGAGCAUCAAUCAACUGAAACAACCAACUCAACAAAGUCUCUUUCAUAACGUAUAUGGAAUUUAAUUGUGUUAAUUUGUUUUUGGCGAGGGACACUUAAGUCAACUCGUGACAAUGUCACAAUUCAGUUUUCAUCAGACCUAAACACACAGGCCUAUAAAGAGAUCUGCAAGUUGUUGUGCAACAGCAGUAGACAGAGACUGUUAAAGCAAGUGCAGUACGGUAGAGAGAAAACUUUCAUUUCAAAGCAAAUGAAUGUCUCCCACCAAUGUAUCCAGUAGACAUUAAACACCUUUCUGUAAGAUGUGGAGCGAUCCCUUUCCCAAUAAUGUAUUAAAUCACACAUUGAGAAGCCGUACGAAAUCAGUGGGGUGUCUAUAAUUGGACCACCAUUUACAUUAAAAUUUGGAGGGGAAAAUAACAGUACACCUGCAUUCAUGCUUCCCAAUUAGUGUCUCAAUUUGCACACUCAACACAUUUGUAAAUGAAACUCAAGGAGUGCCCCAGUGGACAUGAAACGUUUGUGUUAAUUGGUUGGUUAUGUUAGGAUCUGAACUUGUAUGUAUAGAUGUUGAACUUCUUUCACACCGUACGUCGCCACCCGCGCUAACCUGAGAUGCAUUCACAUGUUUACGUGAAUUCGCAGGGCCCCUAGUUCGUUUGUUCAUGCACAGCGCGCGCCACCACUUCACAGCAAAAGCCAUGGGAUGACCACGUGGACGGUGUUUUGUGUGCCCCACCAAACAUGGAGCUGUGUGUGUGUGUGAGACUGUGGGGCUGGGUGGUUUGUCGGGGUUGCCUUGUAUGCGGAGCUGUUGCCAAUCCCCUGGUUAGAGAGAGAGAGUGACUCGCACGCAUAAAGCGGCUACAGCUGACCGGAUCAGUGAUCGAGAGUGGGUACAACUCAGAUCCGUGAGCAGCAGUGUGGAGGGCCAUCCAGUAAAUUGUAUAAGAACGAGCCAACAUCUCAACAUGAACAUCACAGGGGACAGCGAUGACAAGAGGCUGCAGACGGCAGGAUGCUGCGAGAAGCUGCUUGGCAUUCUGUCUAUGGUCGUCGUCGUCUUGACAUUCCCUCUCUCCGUCUGGUUCUGCCUCAAGGUGGUGAGGGAGUAUGAGAGGGCCGUGGUCUUUCGCCUGGGCAAGUUAUUGCCUGGAGGAGCCAUCGGGCCAGGCUUGUUUUUGGUGCUGCCCUGCAUAGACACCUUCGUGAAGGUGGACAUGAGGACGGUCACGUUUGAUGUUCCACCCCAGGAGAUCCUGACGCGGGACUCGGUGACGGUGGCCGUGGACGCCGUGGUCUACUACCGCGUGCACGACGCCACCGCGGCCGUCACCAACGUGGUGUUCGCAGACGGCGCCACGCGACUGCUCGCGCAGACGGCGUUGCGCAACGUGCUGGGCACCCGCAGCCUCUCCGACAUCGUGUCGGAGCGAGAGGUCAUCGCCCGCAGCAUGCAGACCAGUCUCGAUGAGGCGACGGAGCCCUGGGGCAUCAAGGUGCAGCGUGUAGAGAUCAAGGACGUGCGUCUGCCCUCGCAAAUGCAGCGAGCCAUGGCAGCUGAGGCAGAGGCGAUCCGUGAGGCGCGUGCCAAGGUUGUGUCGGCGGAGGGGGAAAUGAACGCGUCGCGUUCCCUCAAGGAGGCGGCCAUCGUGCUGGGGGAGUCGUCGGGCGCCCUGCAGCUGCGCUACCUGCAGACGCUCAACAACAUCGCGGCCGAGCGCAACUCCACCAUCAUCUUCCCCAUCCCCAUAGACAUCCUCAGCGCCCUGCGCAGCAACAGUAGCAGCAACAUGCUCUGAUGGCUUCCAAGCCGGGACUCUGCCACGCUUUGCAAAGUCUGGGGAAGGGUGGAGGGGGUGGUGUUCUACGAGGGAAUGGUUGCCGGUGGUUAUUGGUUAGAAAUUAAAUCCGUGAAGUUUGCACCCCACCUCGAUAUGCAUAAUAGUUCGAAUGUACUUUAAUUGUAUUACCUUUACACAACUGCUGGCUGCUACUGGCUCAGCACCAAGCCCGUGUGUGCACCUACUAUGUAUUCACAGGUUUCAUCAUCGACAAAAAAAAUCAACAUUGUUCCGAGGGCAGAACGCGUCGCUAGAAAAGAUGAUGAACGACGGUCAAGAAUGAUAAUGAAGUGGCAGCUAAGGGAUGGAAACGUCCGAGAAAAACGUACACCGAGGAGCUGGAACAAUUAAUUAAAUUCAGUUCACGUGCCUUUAUCCAGCAGCGGAUUGAUCCAGGCUAAUAAUGAAGAAACGUAAGCGCGUUAACUCUGCUCACUCGAGGCUUCAAUAUAAUUUCUCUGGUCACUCAACGAGCAUCGAUCCUCACUGAAUAUAUCUGUGCAUGUUUUGUUUUCACACGUGCUUACGUGAAAGCAAUAAAGGACUUUUACUAUGGCCAUAAGUCAAUGUAUGUAUGGUGAACUUAUUUCGCAGCGUACGUAGCUAACCGUGCUAAUCGUAACCCCAAGAGAAUUUGCCCACAAUGAGGUGGUUUCAGUUUUCAUGGCUACUUCGCUCAUUUUACUUCGAUUUCUCCUUUUUAGAAAAUUUGUAUUGAUGCACCGAAUGCUGAUAAUCAUGCAAACAGUUUACUAUGUUUAGCGCUUGUCCAUUAAUAUUACAAUGUGCCAAGCUUCAAACACGUUGCAACCGAAAUAAAAAGAAAAACUUGUUACAUUCAUAUUCGUCUCAGUCAGUAGAAAACAACGUACACUUAACCAGAGCAAAACGUUAAAUCAUAAAAACACCAAGACACUCCGGCUCAGCUGCUAAAUCUGACAUGACUUAGUAUAUUUGUUAAUCGUGCAUUGUCAACGUGCAGCCUCAUCAAAGAUUUGUACAAAAAAAUGUCAAUGUUGACAGCAGGAUGGAUUUCCACAACGCUCGCCCUCCAACUGAAGGGGCAAUAGACAAGGUCGACAGAAAAAUAAACUCUGCCGACUCCUGCCCAUUUGUGAUCAUGAGCGUAUGCGUGUUUCAUAUCCUCCAAUCACAAUGGGAGAUGUGGAAACCACUAUCACCCACCGCAAAGUGGUUAUAUUUUUUUUUUUAAAACAACACUUCACCCACCAUGUUGUGUGCAAAAUAAAUUACAUAUAACCAACGUAUCACGUUUUAUCCAGUUUCGUUUCCAAAGGCCGACAUAAGGGUCACCCACGGUUAGGUGUAUUGGACUAUUAUUGGUCACGUUAGCAACGCACGUUUGUCAAGGCGUCUGUUACUCGGUGUGGAUGCAUUUCUAAAACAAUGUAAAACAACAAUGUGUCAGAAUAAACGCUACAUUUACCUGAA